AUGUUUGGCGGAUAUGAUGGUCAGAAGUGCUUCAAUGACAUGGAUGUCCUCGACCUCGAAACGAUGACCUGGAUCCAGCCGAACGUCUGUGGUCAGCCUCCAAUGGCAAGAAAUGCGCACACUAUGACGGUUGUUGGUACGAAGCUUUAUCUGUUUGGUGGUCAUAGUGGUAAUAAGCAUCUCACAGACCUUCAUGUCUUCGACACUGCCAAUUUACUUUGGUAUCAGCCUAGCAUUCUUGGAGCACCUCCUCCGGGAUUGCGAGGGCACACUGCUAACUUGAUAGGGAAGAAGAUCUUCCUCUUUGGUGGGUACGAUGGCAAGGGCCGAUCGAACGACCUGUAUAUACUGGACACAGGGUAUCCUGGUGGCUUCUCACCCAGCACUG